CAGCCGCAAGCCCCAGCCGCAGCCUGUCAACAAGUAAAAUAGUCGCUGAUACCACAGCAUUCGUUCCGAGAGCACCGGAGACUCCAGGAGCUCCCGAUUCGGCUCCGGUCAAGACGGUCUCGAAGCGCCAAGCGUCGCCAUGGCUCGCCCCGAGUGGUUGCUGGUGGCGGUCGCCGCCAUGGUCCUGAGCACGGUGCCCACGGCCCAGGCCGCCUCCAAGCUGCCGUCCAACUUCAAGCGCUGCGCCGCCGCCGACCCCAAGUUCAACGAGUGCCUGCGGGGCGCCGUCGAGGACGCCUUCCACAAGAUGGUGAACGGAGUGCCCAGUCUGGGCGUGCUGCCCGUGGACCCCCUCAAGGUGGACCGAAUCAAGAUCAACCAGGGCGGCGGCUCCGUCAGCCUCAACAUGGACCUGAGGAACAUCACCAUCACCGGGCUGGCGGACACCAAGAUGCUCAACUACAGCGCCAACCUGGCCGACGCCACCCUGGACACGGCGUCGCUGACGCGCUCCCUGCGCCUCGAGUUCGACCACGUCAUCACCGGCCGCCUGCUUCUGCUGCCCAUUCGGGGCGCCGGCCCGGGCAGCAUCACCCUGACCCAACUGCUCACGGGCCACAAGCUCAAGUUCGUGCCCAAGAUGAAGAAGGACAACCUCUACUGGAACAUUCAGGACUACUACGUCAAGUUCGUCCCCAAGAACAUCAGCAUCGACUUCCAGGGCCUCUUCAGCGACGGCCGCGGCGACGCGAACCUCGGCGAGCAGCUCAACAGGUUCAUGAACCAGAACGCGUUCCUCAUCUUCGAGGAGAUCGGCAGCGCGUUCGAGGAGGCCUUCAGCGGCGUGGUCAAGGAGGUGACGCACCGCGUGUUCAGCCGGGUGCCCAUCGCAGACAUCUUCGUCCUGGGCAAGAAGGCCUGACGCACGAACCUCCCCGACGUCCGCCCUGUCCUUCUCGCCCGGCUCACCGCCCUCGCCGCCCUCGCCGCUCCCGUCGGAGAGCAGUCCAUCCCAAAGAACAAGUGUCUCUGUGUGCUUUCUGGCCCCAUCCACCAGCGAUAUGGGCCUCGAAUAGUGUAAAACAUUCUGUGAUAUAUCUGUGCGAAAAAACAAAUUAGGAAAAUAAAAACAAAUUGAGAUUAUAGA